GCAUGGACGGGUUGCUCACCUUGACCCAUACGCACUACUCGUCCCGAUCGACUCGACCAAAUCCAACUUGUUAGCACUCUUCCCGCCUACAAAAGAGCCUCAUCAUAUCUCUCACGGACAGCACCCCCACAUCUUCCAAAAUGCCGCUUCCCGCCGCCCCCUUCCAUAUGGUCAACGCCUUUGGGCCGUCUCCGUACGCCGGCAACCAAGCGAGCGUCGUUUUGUUCCCCAAGGGCGACCCGCGUACCACGGACGACAGGUACAUGCAGACCGUUGCGCGUGACUUCAACUUGUCUGAGACUGCGUUCCUCCACCCACUGGACGACUCCGAGGUCCCCGUCUACAGCCUGCGGUGGUUCACGCCGACUGAUGAAGUGCCGCUGUGCGGCCACGCCACGCUCGCCUCGGCCGUGGCUUUGUUCAACUACGUGCACCCUCAGGCCGCCGAGCUGCACUUCCAGACGCGUUGGCGCGGCGAGCUCGUCGCUUACCGUGAGAGCGAAGUGGGGCAGGGUAUGCGAGUCGGCCUCUCCCUCCCCAUCUCUGAGAUCACUGAGCAGGCACCAUCUGAAGUCGUCACGGCUGUCCUUGCGGCGGCUGGCCUGUCGCAGUCGGACCUGGUUCGCGUUUCCUCCUUCGACUUCGGCGGCCCUAGCCCCAUCGUGCAGCUGCGUGAUGAUAUCGACCUGGCCAACAUCAAAGUGGACGAUUCCAAGCUGCUUCCCUCCGCUCCCGCCGCGAUUGUGUAUACUCAGGUGGUACCCGAUAAAGGCCAAAAGGAGGGCAGCAUCAAGGCUACAUCGCGCGUGUUCGCCCCCGGGCUUGGUAUCUCCGAGGACCCAGUGACCGGCUCGGCUUGGGCUAUUCUCACCGGCUUUUAUCUCAGUGGGCCGGGCACCGAGUCAGCAGCAGCUCUUCUUCCGUCAGGAACCGAUGUCAAGACGGCUACAAUCGAUGCACACCAGCUCAGCGCCCGUGGUGGCGCCCUCACGUGCACCCUUCGGGACGGCCGGGCGUACAUCACUGGCCGGGGCUGGCGCACUGCCCAUGGCUUCCUCGAGAACCCCCUUGAGUAGGCUGACAAGUCGUGAUUCCGGAUGCAUUCUCGUCGACCCGCUACUUGUAUCUGCUACAGAAUGAGAGCGCAGGCCGCCAAGGC